CGACCGUCAUAACAUUACACAGAAGAAGAAGCGCGUUUACUUUUGAUAACUGCUGUUGUAUUUGUGUAAAAUAUUUUUUCUGGAAUGGCAGACGAGGUUCUCUUUGAGUUCCUUCACAUGGAGAUCGUGUCCCAUGUUUAUAAAGAACAACAGUCCAGGAAAGGAGAACUGGACGGCAAGGAUCGAUCUGCGUGUGUGUCUAUCUUGGAAGGAAUGGGCUUCAGGGUCGGACAAGGACUCAUUGAAAGGCUAACCAAAGACUCCCCGAGCUUUAAAGAUGAGUUGGAUAUAAUGAAGUUCAUCUGUAAAGAUUUCUGGACAAAAGUCUUCAGGAGACAGGUUGACAAUCUCAGAACCAACCAUCAGGGGACAUAUGUACUGCAGGACAACACAUUCGCCCUGCUAACUCAGCUCUCCACUGGAAAACAGUAUCUUGACCAGGCCCCAAAGUACUUGGCAUAUUCCUGUGGUGUGGUGAGGGGAGCCCUGUCGAACUUGGGUCUGGACAGUGUGGUUACAGCUGAGGUGUCGACCAUGCCUUCCUGUAAGUUUCAGGUGGUGAUCCAGAAGUUGUGACUCCGCCCUCCCUGGUGGCCCCGUGCUAAUGAGCUGGACUUUUUUCUGUGUGGGGAUGCAACCCUUCUAAACAAAUGACUUUUGAGGUUUGUUUCCCCACUGAGCUGUUGAAUCACAGCAUGAAGGUGCACACAACCUUUUGGGCUUCGGUACAGGCCCAAAUGUCUGCCGACAGCCAGAUAUUCACAAUAUGGCAUAGCAGAGUUAGUGUUUUUAGUGUAAGAGCCAGUAUCAGUGAUAACUACCACUCAGAGCGCAAAUGCUGAAAAUAUAUUUCUGAAAGGUACAUAUCUCUAGAGUUCAUCUUGAUGUGAUAGCAAUCAGUACUAAGUAGCUUCUUGAUUUUACAGCCUUUCAAACAAAUACCCCCUAUGGAUCAAAAUUUCAAAUUUGCGCAUAUAAACGCCAAAUAAAAUAUAAAAUGUAUUCAAACAAUAUGAAAUAUCGUGGUUGAUGUUCAAACAUGCAAAAUAACCCAAAACUGAAAUAAAUAAAUCAAAUAUGGCUACCAUUGUCCAAGAUGGUGACCACAGAACUAACAAACAUAACAUUUUGAAAGUGUUACCAAAAAUCUCAUUGUACUUGACUCAUCUGUAAAUUGUAUGUCAAUUUAUUUAGUUUCUUUAACCCUUUUGAUAUGACUGCAUUACGAACUGGGUGAUGAUCAUGACCUUUUGCUGUCACUUUGCCUUUGCUAUAUCUACAAAAUGGUCUGAUGGAUGAUUAUGUUGGACAUUAAAUUUUUUCUUGUCAAAUGCUUUUCAUUCAUUUAAAAAAAAAAAAAAGGAUGGCAGUUUACUGAAAACUGUGUAGUAGUAAUAAUAAUAAUAGCUUUUAACCAAUAACUGAAAAAAAUAUGUAAUUAUAUGUAGUAUUCUAUGUAGCAUGUCUUAAAAAAAUCAUAUACAUAAAAUUUUGGUUGAUCGGGGUCAAUUUGAAAGACUGUAAAAUAGGGCUGCCACAAACGAUUAUUUUGAUAAUCGACUAGUCACCGAUUAUAUUUCUGAUUAGUCCACUAAUCGGAUCAUACGUAAAUUGCGGCUUAAUGCACUAGCAUGUAGCUGGUCUUAUAUAAUCAUCAUGAGCUUCAAGCUUGACGUGUUUAAGGUGCAUGCUAACAAAAAAUAAAGACAAUUGAAACCUUGAUCACCAACCAUGGACAGGGGGCUCAUGUCAGUCACCAACAUGUUCAAGAUUGCUUCAGUCAGGAUAUUUGCUUUCCGAGGUGUGCAUGGUGUUGGCUUGGUAACAAAGUUGUCCAUUGAAGAGGAAUUUAUCUUUUAACACUGUAACAUAGCAUUAUAAAGCAUUAGCGUUAUCACAUUUCCUAUUCAAGCAUAACAUCACUGUUAUAACAUUACAGCAAACACAUAUGUGUGCUAAAGCUAAUGAAAUUGUCAUUGUUAAUGUUUACAGCUAUCAAUAUAAGUAAGUAGGUCACUAUAGCCGUUAAUGUUAGCAACUAACUAGCCCAUUAGCUUACCAAGACAACUUUCCCUCUUUGUCAGAAUGAGCCACAGCGUGCCUCCUUCUCAGAUGCUCCUGCAUCGCUGUUGUACUGCCGUGGAAGGAAAGUUUUGCAUUGCAUGUUUUUCUGUUUAAUUUGCAAAAUGCUCCCAAACGGCUGACCUUUGUUGCCGGUUAGCCAUGAUAUUGUUUGGGUAUAACUUUUCCAGUGAGAUCAUGGCUGGCCUGGAUUACCAUUACUGCACGUGUGUCAAGGACAGAAUGGCAGCAGAAGGUACAUCAGCAGUUUUGAGAGAAAAAAAAAAAAGCUUAAAAAACAAAACAAAACAUGACGAUUAUUAAAUUAGUCGCAGUCUAUUUUUAUAGUCGACGUAAUCAUGACUAGUUGACUAAUCAUGGCAGCCGUACGAUAAAAUCAGGAAGCUACACAAUUGAUUAUCAUGCUGAAAAGAACUCUAGCGAGUCAUGAAAUAAAAUAAAGUAAGCAUUCUCUCCAAAAAGUUGGCAGUUAUGAGCCACAUUUAACACCUGUAGCUACCACAUCACCUAAAUACAGGUAAAGCUCGUUAACUUGCGUAUGUGGAACUCAUGUUUCGUCUUUACUCACGGUUGAUUUGUGGACUCUGAACAUUUAGACCACUGUAUAAUUGAUGUUAGGUUUUAGUGGUCAACCUCAUUAUCUUGCGGUUUCAGAUAACUCAUGGUCUGAGUUUGUGGACCCCAACUUGCGUGAGUUAACAGGUUUCACCUGUAAUGUGUAAUGAGACUUUAAUUUACUGUGGCUUUACCUAAAAGUCUUCAAAGACUGGGAUCUCAGAUUCCUAAUGGACCUCUCGAUGACAGAGGAGCAGGAACCAUAAUGACUUUGGCGGAGGGUUUUGUAGGUAGUUUAAUUCCCGAGUGUGUUGUGAUUAGUGGGAUUACAGAUGAUCAAUGGAAACAUGAAUCACUGGUGGUGGUUGUUCAUUCGGCUGCUCCCGGUUUUGUUCGGGGUCGCCUUUGUGUGCUGGUUUAAAGAAAUAGUCCAAAAGUAUGUGACAUCACACCAAAACAAACAAAACACUUUUGACGCUAUUGUAAAUAUUGCUUUUUUUAUGUGCACACACAAGAGAAUUUAUGUAAAUGCUGUUUUUGUGUUGCAAAGUUGUUUCAGCUUGCAUAAUGUUCCCAUUCUGCAGAAUUAUUAUUCUUGUUACAGUUAGUACAUUUGUUCAUCUCAUUUGUCUGUUUUGCAUCAAAAUUUUCAGACAUGUCUGUUCAUAGAUGUGCACAGACACCCGUUAAUUGGGCUGAAAAAUGUGAACUUUAAACCUGUGUGAUUAUGGUACCCCUUCAGUUAAAAAUGUCAUCAGUGGAAAGUUAAAACUAAAAUGCAGCUGUAUCAUGAAGUGUGAUGUGGAGGAGGGGGAAAAAAAAUCCAGAUGUUAUUCUGUUGUCACUAGAGGGAAACAAAACUGUAUUUAAUGUCAUGUUGGUUUACUGUACAAGGGUUUGGUCCUCUUGCUGCAGCUAAACGAGUGAGUUGGACCACACAGGCUGACAUGAGGAACAUCAGCCAACCUAAUGCACUGAAGUGACUUUGUGCUUGUGCUGCUGUAAUAUUGUACAAAAUAAAACUUUUCAUUUACAACUU